AUGGCUGCCUAUCCAUUUUCCGACGGAACACCACUCGCCAGUCAAUGGCCCAUACCUCCCCAACAUUUUUUUGACUAUGAACUCCAUAUGCCCAAUGGAUCGGCAGGAACGUACUUUUAUCACUCUCACGUAGGCUUCCAGGCCGUCAGCUGCUCCGGUCCAUUGAUCGUCGAGGACAAAGUCCCCCCGUAUGAAGUUGAUGGCGACCUGGUCGUUCAUAUUCAAGAGCUCUUCAAUGAGACAGACACAACCAUAGAGCAGGGGUUGCAGGCAACGCCUUUCGUGUGGAGUGGUGAAACAAAUGGGUUCAUUAUCAACGGCAAGACAAUCUCGAACUUUGGUGUGACCGACCAAUCAUCCUCCCAACUUGCAAUCAUUGAUAUAGAGCCAAACAGCUUGUACAGGGUGCGUUUCAUUGGAGGUCACUCCCUAUCGUACUCUGCAUUGGGAGUCGAAGAUCAUACCGAUCUACAAGUCAUCGAAGCUGAUGGCGGUUACACCAAACCACACUCCACCACCUUCCUCCAGAUUGGUUCUGGCCAGCGCUUCAGCGCGCUUCUCAAAUCCAAUACCUGCAAUGAGCUGAAGCAGUCCGGAAAACUCGACUACUACAUUCAGAUCGAGAGCCGUGAGCGUCCGAGCAACACAACGAAUUACGCCAUCCUUCGCUAUAACAAUUCUUGCAUGAUCCCUUCGGAUCCCUCCAAGAGCGCUUCAAACACGACCUACCCAAACCGAAAGCCCAUCGCACUCCCACCGACCGUCGACGGUUUUCUCGACUACGUCCUACAACCUCUCUAUCCAAACGACUUCCCCUCUGUUUCACAGGUGACACGCCGGGUCGUCCUCAACGUGCAGCAAAUCCUGGACAAGUACAUCAUCUGGAAGGACUCAAGCGUAACCUGGACGGCCGACACGAACGACUCGAUCCCGCACACCACGCCAAGCCAGCCAUAUCUCGUGUCGCUGUACAAGAACCAAACCGCUUACACGCCGUCCUACUCGGCAGCCGUGAAGAACGGUGGCCUCGACCCAUCGACGAACACCUUCCCUGCCAAAGUCGGCGAAGUAUUGGAGAUAGUGCUCCAGAACAUUGGCGCUCACGCCAUCGACAAUGAAACGGGUGGCGGGCUCGACGUCCACCCGUGGCAUGCCCACGGCGAACACUACUACGACAUCGGAGGCGGGCCGGGAGCCUUCGACCCCAAAGUUGCCGAAGAGCGACUGAAGGGCACCGAACCGGUGCUUCGGGACACGACGAUGCUCUUCCGCUACAAUGCGACAACGCAACCAAACGAAAAGCAAGGGUGGCGCGCGUGGAGGUUGAGGGUGCAGCAGCCUGGGGUGUGGAUGAUCCACUGUCAUACGCUGCAGCAUAUGAUCAUGGGUAUGCAGACCGUGUGGGUGUUUGGUGAUGCUGAGCAAGUGUUGGCAGUGCCGAAGGCGGACAUUGAGGGGUAUCUCACUUACGGAGGGGAUGUUUAUGGAAAUAGCAGCCAUGCGCCGGAUGUGGUACAUUUCAGCGAACUAGAAGGUGGAAUAUGA